AUGUGGCUGAUCUAUGUGAUAUUCGUUAGCGUUUUCCCAUCCGUACUUGUUUGCCCAUCGAUGUGUCUGUGUAGCGAUGAUGGUAGAGCGGAUUGUUCUAACAGAGGACUCACAGAGGUGCCAACGGAUUUCCCUCCGUCCAUAACAGUUCUUGAUUUGCGCGGAAAUGCUCUCGAAGUGCUCGGUCGGUCAAGUUUUGCAGGUCUCGAAGAAAGCAUCAUCCACAUAGAUCUAUCGAGGAAUAAUUUGCGAAGUAUAGAUAGUAAUGCGUUCCGAAAUUUGAAACGACUGAGAACUUUGAACCUCCGACGAAAUCACCUACGUUCAAUACCAAAAGCUCUGGAUGAAUUGCAGUUAAUCAAACUUGACCUUCGUUUGAAUCUGAUCUCAACUGUAUCUUCGUCUGAUGUCUCAUCGAUGUCGCGCGUGAGAAGCGUUGAUCUCUCGAGAAAUUUCAUAAAGGAAUGGCCAAAAACAAAACAACUUCACGGAAAUAUUACUUCAGUCAUUGAAAGGCUCGAUCUAGCCUCCAAUCUGUUGUCCUCUCUUCAUAGCGGUGUAUUCUCUUCGAUGUCGUCAUUGCAAUGGAUUCGAUUGUCCAAAAACAAGAUCAAAUCUAUUGAGAGUCAUGCGUUUCGUGAAAUGGAUGCACUCUCAUCGAUCGAUUUGUCCAAGAAUCUCAUCCGAUCCGUUUCAUCCUUAGCUUUUCACAACCUACGAUCACUUGUGAAUUUAUCGCUGGCCAAAAAUGAGAUCUCUAGGCUUGACGAUGGCGUCUUCUUCGGUUGUGAUUCUUUAGCGCUGCUUAACGUGUCUCGCAAUCAUAUACGAGCUAUUUCGGAUGAAUGGCUGUUCGGUCUCACUGGUUUGCAUCAGCUAGAUCUCUCCCAUAACUACAUUUCAUCAUUCGAUGCCAACGCCUGGAAACAGUGUCCGGAUCUCAGAUGGCUGUCGCUGCAUAACAAUCAACUACAAUUUUUACCCUCCGGUGCAUUUCGACUGCUCACUCGACUGGAAUACCUCGGUCUUUCCGGUAAUUCUAUCGAGUCUCUCCAUAAAACAGCGAUGACGGGAUUAGACCAACUUAAUGAGUUGGACUUGUCGUCAAACUCGCUUGCUAUUUGCCUGGAGGACAACGCGAUGCUCUACAAUAGUUCAAUGCCGUUCCUGAAAUCGCUCAAGUUCCGAAAUAAUCAACUACGAGUAAUACCGAGCAGAGCAUUUGAACGUUUCCCUGCUUUGGAGCAUCUUGACCUCACUGACAACCCGAUUACUACGAUGCACCCUGGAGCAUUCACUCCUCUUCAGCUACGUGAAUUGUACCUAGAUACAUCAUCGCUGUUAUGUGACUGUCAUCUCGCUUGGUUCCCCGCAUGGUUCGUGUCCUCAAAGUUACCGCGUCGUACAGUGCACACACGUUGCGCUCAUCCGCUACCGCUUAGUGGAAUUGACGUAUUUGCCAUUGAUGCCAACAACCUAACGUGUGUGGAUGAUUCCCCUCGUGCACGCAUUAUCGAACAUCCUGCGACAAGUGUUACAACGUUGGUAGGCGAACAAGCACGAUUCACAUGUUCAGGAUAUGGACAUGCUCCUUUGCAAGUCGAGUGGCGUGUCAUCGAAAACGGUCGACCGCGGACGUUGGUUCCGGAUGCUACUACGCUUAUGAGUGUAAACAGUAGUUCAAUUGUUAACGGUACCAUAAACGGUCAAGAGUUGGUUAACGCUGAACUGCUUCUGCUUGACGUGUCUUCAUCAGAUGGAGCAGAAUAUCAAUGUGUGGUACGAAAUCGUUUCGCCGCAGAGCACAGUAUUCGAUCAGUGUUGAAGAUUUUCCAAGUCCCUGUUUUCUCUAAUGAACCAGACGACAUGUCGUUGCUUGUGGGCCAGAAUGCGAAGAUUAUGUGUGCUGCUACAGGAAUUCCACCACCAGUGAUUAAAUGGUCGAAAGAUGGAGGCGCAGCUUUCCCAGCAGCGUUACAACAUCGUCUCUUUGUUCGCCCAAAUGAUGAUCAUCUUUACGUGGUUAACGUAACCACUGAGGAUCAGGGUGUUUACACCUGUCAUGCGGUAAAUGAGGCUGGUUCAAUUCAGGCCAGCGCCACAUUACGAAUAUUCGAGAACUCUUUCAAUGUAACAUUGAAAGAUACGGUGAUCUGCGUUAAUGAAACGCUUUUGCUGGAUUGCUAUGCCGACCUCUCUCAUCCUUCGCAAAGAAUGGAAUGGACACUCAAUGGCGAACCUCUUUUUGUGGACGGAGAUCGAGUCUCACUAAAAGCACAUGGUCAAAUUCUUGCUAUCAGAAAGGUUCAACUAAGCGAUUUCGGAGAGUACGCUUGCGAACUGUGGGCUGGCAAUGAUCAAUUGGCCCGACAAGUUGCCGUAGUGACAGUAGUAGGCCGGGAUGGGGUGAAGAUGGAGCCGAAAACUCAACGGAGGUUUACUUUCCAACCGUCAGCUGUGCUGCUCACAAUCAUCCUGUCCAUCGUUUUGUUGUUCACAGGAAUUUCUUGUUGUGUUGCAUUCGGACGUAUUUGGAGCAGUAGAAAAGUUAGGGAUCGACCACAACCAGUGUGA